AGGGAAGACAUUUGUGUUACAAUAAAACAAUUCAAAUUGCGUCUCGUCUCGAAAACUAUUAUAUCCUACCAGAUAGCCAGGUGAAUAUAGCAGUGGAAUGUGAGGAAAAUACUCUGAAAAUAAUGGAAAUCUACAAGCCAGGAAUGACACAUGAGCUGAUAAUUGCUGAACCAGGCUCUGGGAGACGUUAUGACUUGCGAGGAAUUGUGUUGAAGGCUGGAACUAUUGUUCUACAUCCGGAAAGCUAUCAUGGUCUGAGCAGUUUUGAUGAGAUGGCCUUACCACACGUGGAUACCUAUCCGAAAAUACAUUAUCCGAUCGUGAAGAAUAUGGAGAAACAGUUGAAUUUCAAAUUGGAUCUGCAAGUCCUGAACGACUAUGGCUGGAAAAACAAUGACAGCACAUUUUCAGGCCUGAUGGGGUUGAUGCAAAGUAGAAGCAUAGAUUUCAGUGCAACCGGUCUCUUUCUACGCCACGAUAGACUUGAGGUCAUGGACUCUACUGCUGAGACGUUCUCGCUCAGGUCAGCCAUUUUGUACCGUCAACCACCGCUCUCUAGUCUGAGAAACAUCUUCCUCCUGCCGUUCAGCACUCCGGUUUGGCUUGGGUGUGCCCUACUCUACCUUCUUAUCACUCUCUUUCUGCAAUUCGAGUUCAAACUGAAUUCAGUUUCAAGCUGGAAGAGUCCUCUGGAGAUUAUCACCAUUGUUCUCGGGUCGAUCUGCCAGCAAGGUUCAUACAUUUGGCCAGAAUCGAGUUCAUCGAAAAUCACCAUCUUCCUGAUCUCUGUGACGUCACUAUUCUUCUACACGUCCUACUCAGCCACCAUAGUCGCCAUCUUGCAAACUCCCAGCACAGAAAUUCAAACUCUGUCAGAUCUCACCCGGAGUCCGCUCACGGUUGGUGUACAGGAUCUCACCUAUAACCGAGUCAAUUUCAAGGAGACCUUCGACAGAGAUGUCAGAUCGUUGUAUGAGACAAAAAUACUAUCAAAGAAACACAAUGCCUACUGCUCACCAUCUGAGGGUAUCAAGAAUGUUCGCAGAGGAUUUUUUGCGUUUCAGGUGGAGGUAGACCAAGGCUACAAGCUGAUCAGUGACACUUUCGAGGAGUCUGAGAAAUGUGGAUUGAGUGAGAUGACUCUCUUUCCAAUGCCUGUCCUUGUUCUCACGGUCACUAAGAGAUCUGGCUACAGAGAGCUCUUCACUAGACAAUUAAGAUGGCAGCGAGAAGUGGGCAUAAUGAACCGUAUAGCAGGAAGAUGGCUUCCUCAAAAACCCAGCUGCAGCUCCAGGGGUGGGGGUGACUAUGUAAGGGUUGGCAUGAGUGAACUACUGCCUGCUUGGCGGAUUUUGUUAGCUGGUUUCCUAUUGGCUGCUGCUAUAUUCACGCUGGAACUCAUCUAUAACAGGAGGAUUGCAAAGCUGAAGUUAUUCCCGAAAACUAAAGACAGAACGGUCGGAAGACAUUUGAAGAAGCCACUUGGUGCUAGGAGGGUCGGAUUCAAUACAUCUGAAAAGUCUACCAGUCAAGGAAUUGAGAAGCAGAAAAAUACAUAGAUAGUCCUAAGCAUAAUAAA